AUGUUCAAAUGGUAUUUUUCCAUAUUGGUCUUGGCUGGAAUAGCUAACUCAAAUCGUGUUGAAGGAAAUAGUCAAGAAUUAUUUUCAAAACUAUCCGAUAAGCUGAACUAUCUAUCCAAUGCAAACAUCCCGCUGGUCUCUGAACGAUACUAUCCCGUUUUUCCGGAAACGUUUGAUAUCAAACCAAUAUUUUAUGAGGAUUCGAUAGUUCCGUGUAAGCCAGGAUUUACUGGAGAGGACUGCUCUAUACCAAUGUGCGUCAAUAAAACAGUGCCAAUUUUACCACACGAUGGUACUGCUGGGUUUGGAGACCUGGUUGAAACUGAUUUCAGUAAAACCUGUAGCGAUGAGUUUCUUUUCACAGUGGAUUCGUUUAUGGAAGAAUUUUUCAUAGUUAUUAGCACUUUCGAUGAGGGUCAACCUUCCGCCACAUUAUAUAAUCCAUUUGGUGUGGAAGUGGAAAGUUGCGGCGAUUUCACGAACACACCGAACCAGAUUAUCCACAUGUUCUGCAAUCCAAAAGAAGUUCAUGGAUUAGGGAUGUAUAAGAUCAAAUUGAAGGCGACGUCGGAGAUGCCAUGCAUCUUCGAAGUUCGCGCACCAACAAACUUGACACUCGAUGGCGGCUUCGUUGUUGAUCCAACAGACGACGACAUUCAACAUUUUAUUCUUCCAAUCAAAAAUCAAGGAAUCUUCCGGUUUCCCAAUGAGUAUGACAAAUCUUAUUUGGCGUUCAAAAUUGAACAUGAGGAGUAUCCAGUGCAUACUGAAAAGGUUCAUAUUUACGCAAAUGGAGUUCAUGACAGUGAAUACGGAUUGACUGUUAGAUAUGGAUGUAAUGCUCCGCAUAUCACAAACGGAACUUACACCUGCGUUGCGCAAAACUUGUACCACGUGAAAGAUAUGACGCCGAGGGAUAUCGAUUCCAAAGAAUUUAUGAUUUUGAUUGUAACAUGGUCGACGUGA